UGAAGGUAAAACCGAGCAGCUCGUCUCUGUCACGACACGGACGCAGGUUUACUUUGAUAAGGAGACGAUGUCUGGAGACGGUUCGACGCGUGUAUGAAACCAGGCAAUGUCCACCAUGGUGUAUCCACGUGAAGAAGCCCUGGAGCGACUGAGCCAGGAUGAGAUCGUCCUCAACACCAAGGCCGUCAUGCAGGGUCUGGAGACCCUGCGUGGGGAACACGCCCAGCUCCUCAACUCUCUGCUGGACUGCACCCAGCCACCCGUCGCCCAGGAGAAGUCGGGGCUGCUCCGCAAGAGUCUGGAGGCCAUUGAGCUCGGCCUGGGAGAGGCACAGGUGAUCAUCGCCCUGUCCAGCCACCUGAGCGCUGUGGAGUCAGAGAAGCAGAAGCUGCGCGCCCAGGUGCGUCGCCUCUGCCAGGAGAACCAGUGGCUGCGGGACGAGCUGGCGGGGACACAGCACAAGCUGCAGCGCAGCGAGCAGAGCGUCGCUCAGCUGGAGGAGGAGAAGAAGCACCUGGAGUUCAUGAAUCAGAUCAAGAAGUUCGACGAUGACGUGUCGCCGUCGGAGGAAAAGAGCCAGGGCUCGGGUGGAGGUGGCGGGAGUGGGGGAGGAGACACUUCCAAGGACAGUUUGGACGACUUGUUCCCCAACGACGAUGACCAAGGACCAGCUCAGCCCAGUGGAGAGGUGGCGGCCCAGCAGGGAGGUUACGAGAUCCCGGCGCGCCUCAGGACGCUGCACAACCUGGUGAUCCAGUACGCCUCACAGGGGAGGUACGAGGUGGCCGUGCCGCUCUGCAAACAAGCCCUGGAGGACCUGGAGAAGACGUCUGGACACGACCACCCCGACGUCGCCACCAUGCUCAACAUCCUGGCCCUGGUGUACAGGGACCAGAACAAGUACAAAGAGGCAGCUCACCUCCUGAACGACGCCCUGGCCAUCAGGGAGAAGACGCUGGGGAAGGAUCAUCCAGCUGUGGCUGCCACGCUCAACAACCUGGCCGUGCUGUACGGAAAGAGGGGCAAGUACAAAGAGGCUGAGCCGCUCUGCAAGAGAGCACUGGAGAUCAGAGAGAAG